CCACCUCACAUCGGGUGGUUGUUCCCUCGUCAUCCCUUCCGACCGUACUUACGAACAUAAUGAGCAAACUGAACGCCUCCGCUUUUGAAUUCGUCCCUGGCCGGGGAUUCAGCAUUCCCUCUCAACCAGCGGCACCACCACCUGCCCCGAUUGAGCGCCCAGAACAGUCAGAAGCCCCGAAGCCCCCUCCCACGAUCUCUCUCAACAUUGGCGGAUCCAAGCCGACACCUGCAGCCGCGCCAACCCCAGCUAAACCUGCUGCCCCUGCCGCUCAAGCGCCAGCACCAGCCGCUGCCGUCCCGGCCCCGAAACCAGUUGUCAAAAGCACCCCCAGUGCUGCGCCUGCUUCAUCUGCUCCAUCUAAGACGUUUUCCACGGAGAGGGCUAAGACCGAUACAAAUGCUGUUGCCCACGAAGUACGGACGGUAGCUGACGACGCUGUAUUGGAAGAUCUUUUCGGCGAUGCUAAGGAGCAUCUCAACAUCGUGUUCAUCGGUCAUGUCGAUGCUGGCAAAAGUACUUUUGGCGGCAAUCUGCUCUUUCUGACGGGCAUGGUCGAUAAGCGAACCAUGGAAAAAUAUGAGCGGGAAGCCAAGGAGGCUGGUCGUGAAUCCUGGUACCUAAGUUGGGCUUUGGACUCCACACCUCAGGAGCGUGCCAAAGGGAAAACCGUGGAAGUCGGCCGUGCUUAUUUCGAGACACCUUUCCGACGUUACACCAUUCUGGAUGCACCCGGGCACAAGACCUUCGUUCCCUCCAUGAUCUCCGGAGCUGCCCAGGCUGACAUUGCGAUUCUUGUGAUUUCCGCUCGCAAAGGCGAAUUCGAAACCGGCUUCGAGAAGGGUGGACAGACCCGAGAGCAUAUCAUGCUGGUCAAGACCGCCGGCGUCUCCAAGCUCAUCGUUGCGAUCAACAAAAUGGACGAACCAACUGUCAACUGGGAAAAAUCACGGUACGAUGAAAUCAGGGAGAAGCUGGUCCCAUUCAUUCGUGCAUCUGGAUUCAAUCCGAAGACGGAUGUCACGUUUAUUCCUGUUUCUGCCUUCACUGGGUACAAUCUGAAGGAGCGCGUCCCCAAGAAUGUUUGCCCCUGGUGGGAUGGGACUUCUUUCCUCGAGCAUGUUGAUCACAUGCCCAUGGUCGAUCGCAAGAACAACGCACCGCUGAUGAUGCCCAUCGCCGAAAAGUACAAGGACAUGGGAACGAUUGUCGUCGGCAAGAUUGAGUCGGGUCACCUCCGGAAGGGCGAGUCGUUCAUUCUGAUGCCCAACAAGAACCACGUGGAGGUGACGGCCAUCUUCAACGAGAUGGAGGAGGAAGUGAACGUGGGUCUCUGCGGAGAUAACGUCCGCAUCCGUCUGCGCGGGGUCGACGACGAGGACAUCAGCCCCGGCUUCAUGUUGACCAGCCCCCAGCAGCCCAUCCACGCUGUGCGGCAAUUCCACGCUGAGCUGGCCAUUCUCGAGCACAAAAACAUCAUCUGUGCGGGCUAUUCGGCGGUGAUGCACAUUCACACUCUCUCUGAAGAGGUCACUCUUACGGCUCUGUUGCACUACUUCGAUAAAGCGACCGGCCGAAAAUCGCGGAAGCCUCCCCAGUUUGCGAAGAAGGGUCAGAAGAUCGUUGCUCUGAUUGAGAGUGCCCUGCCUGUUUGUGUCGAGCGAUUCAAAGACUACCCUCAGCUGGGCAGGUUCACUUUACGAGACGAAGGUCGCACCAUUGCCAUCGGAAAGAUCACCAAAUUAGUCGAGAACAUCGCCGAAGAAACUGCCGAGGGCAUCGCCAACAUGUCUGUCAAUGCGUAAACGAAAGCAUGCAGGAAUCCAACGAUCUGUCUGUAACCAGAACUUUGUAGAGAAAUCCGUAGCUUCGUUGAGAAGCUGUACAGGCCAUGUGUA